CUUAAGCAGCAGGUAGGGAAAGCUCACUGUAGGGCGGGAGGCUAUUGUCAUCAUGUGAUCCAAGUGACCAAUGAGAGCGGUGAAUGUGAGUUGGGCCGCUCCUCACAGCCUGCUAGCUGUCAGAACGCCGGUGUGUGGUGGAAUUGCAGCAGGUACUUUCCUAGCCGCCUCAUGGACUAAGUCUGAGCGCAGAAGAAACCAUGACACAACCAAACGGGACUGUCACCAACGGGACAAGAGACACCAGCAAGAGCCGGGAGAAGGGCAGGAGGGAAGUAAAGAUAGUUAUAGUUGGAGACGGAGGCUGUGGCAAGACUUCUCUGCUUAUGGUGUAUGCAAAGGGAUCCUUCCCUGAGCAAUACGCUCCUUCUGUCUUUGAAAAAUACACCACCACAAUAACUAUUGGAAACAAGGACAUUUUUCUGCACCUGUAUGAUACAGCAGGUCAGGAGGAUUAUGACAGGCUACGUCCCCUAUCAUAUCAAGAUGUGAAUUUGGUUUUAAUAUGUUACGAUGUUACAAACCCCACCAGUUUUGAUAAUGUGCUAAUAAAGUGGUAUCCAGAGGUCCAUCACUUUUGUCGAGGGGUUCCCAUAGUGCUUAUUGGGUGUAAAACAGACCUCAGAAAGGACAAAGAACGACUACGCAAGCUUCGGACUGCACAGCAGGAACCAGGUGAAGACACAUGUAAAAGUAUACAAGCUGCAGAAUAUCUUGAGUGCUCUGCCAAGUACCGGGAGAACAUAGACAAUGUUUUUAAAGAGGCCACUUUAAUUGCGCUAAACGCUAUGAAGAGAGAACAGAAGCUGAAGAGGAAACAGAAGAAUUGUUCGCUGCUCUGAGACUCUUUGUACCAACUCAGUUCCAUGCCAUCUCCCACUGCUGGCACUUCAAUUAAACUGUCAGGACUGUUUUGUAAAUAUGAUUUUAACAUAUUAUUUUAAUAUGAACAUUUUCUAAUAUUUUAUUCAUGAUGACAUGUUUUUAAUUUAAGAAGGGACGAUUACAACUCUGUGUGGCCAUUUAUGCCUUUUCCACAGUCGCCAGUGAGGUGGAUGCACCUAAAAUUUCAUGCAGAGUUUUAUUUCAGUAUUUAAGUGCCUAGCAGCAAGCUGCCUGUAUUGAUGGUUUAAAUGCCAGAAAAAAAAUGCAGAGUCUUUUGAAGUUCUUCAGACUGAGAAAAAUGGGUAUCAGGUGUUUUAGAUGCUUUAGCUCCAGGUGUUGUAUAGAAGCUUUGAUGUGGUGAGAGGCCAAGAUGGGCUGCACUAGACUACUUGGUUUGGCCCUGUCAACAAUUCCACUCCAUUUCUAGAAAUACUGAUAUUUUUUUCUAUUUAAAAGUAACUGUAGGUUUUCUGUUUGGGGGCUAUUUAUGAAAAUGUAAUAUGUGAAGUCCCAGUGAAUACAAUAGACUGGGCAGGUCUUUGAUUAGACAGAAAAGAUGGUGCAUCAGAAGCAGUAACACAUCCUGCAAUAAAAAACAAAACUUGCUCUGAAGGAAAGACUUGUACAUGUGCAGAAAUAAACAUAAAUAUAUCAGGUCAGAU